AUGGUGCCGGCUCAUGUUCACUUCGGUAUUCUAAUGUUGGAGAAGUUUAAAUUAUUUAAGGAAGAGAUUGCUUUGUUAGAUGCAUAUUCUGGCGCUGAAAUGUCUUACGGAGAGAUGGCUCAGAUGUCAGUGGAUAUAGCAUUAUCCCUAUCUCGCAUAGGAGUGGGAAAAGGAGAUGUGAUCUGUAUUUGCUCCGAAAAAAGAAUGGAGUUUAUACCAACAAUGAUAGGAGUAUUGUGCAUUGGAGCUACAUUCACUACUGCCGAUAUAAGUUGUAAGAAUGUUAAAGAUUUUUUAGCAACACCAGUAAACGGUUGGUGUGAUACAGCAUUGAUAUUGUAUUCCUCCGGCACGACGGGACAACCAAAAGCCGUACCACUUACCCACCUUAAUUACAUUCUUUGUCAUCAACAUGGACUUUGUAACAGUCGAUUCACAAAAACAAUGAUGCUGAGUACAAGAGAAUGGUAUUAUACAUACGGACUAAAUCACACAAUUGGGACAUUGCUGGUAGGUGCUACUGUGGUCUACACAAGAGAUCAGAUCACUGACUAUUUACAAGCAAUUCAGGAUUACAAGGUUAGCUUCAUACAAGUUGUUCCUACCACAAUCAGAGACCUCGUCAAUUCUAACCUAAAAAAUUAUGACGUAUCUUCAUUAAUUUGUAUGAUGUCUACAAGCACUCCGAUAGAUGCAGAUUUAGUGAAAACUGCUAAGGAGAAGUUCCCAAAACUCAAACAAGUCUCCCAAAUGUACGGUAUGACAGAAGCUGGUUGUUUGUGUGAUGAUUUAAACACACCUAAAGGUCCCAAACCAGGGAGCGUUGGUUGUGUCAACCCAGGAGUUGUUAUUAAGGUGGUAGAUAUUAAGACAGGUGAACCUGUAGGACCGAAUGAGACAGGGGAAAUAUGCUUUAAGACGCCAUCUUUGAUGCCAGACGCAGACUGGGUUGCGGGCGAUAGACAGUUUAAUUAUACAUUAGGAACUAACGGUACAAUAUUUUUAACAGGUUAUUUAGGGGACUUAUCACGAAAUUAUUUAGAUGGGGAAGGUUUCUUUAAAUCCGGCGACAUUGGAUACUACGAUGAAGAUCUGUACUUCUACAUCACUCAUAGAAUAAAAGACAUCAUCAAGUAUAAAGGAGCCACGAUGUCUCCAAAUGAGAUAGAAGCAGUACUCCUACAGUAUCCAGGAGUUAGAGAAGCUUGUGUGGUAGCAAUUGAGCAUAGACAAUAUGGCGAAGUUCCCGCCGCAGCGGUAAUAGCGGAUGACGUCACUGCAGAGGAACUUAUGACCUUUGUGACUGAACAGUUGACAUCGAUCAGUAUGGACGGUGGUAUAAAAUUCGUUGAUAAUCUACCUAAAGUCGAAGGUGUUAAGUUGAAUAGGAAAGCUGUUAAAGAUUUAUUUGAUAUCUAA